GCGCGCUCAGUUGCAAUCGUUCUGCUGAACGAGAAAAUAGUUUGCCGGGAAUAAUAAAUAUUUUUUUUUUUUAUGGAAGAGGAGUGAUGUCGUCGCAAGUUGACUCAAAUUUUGAAGGCUGGGUUGUAAAACUAAUUAGGUCCGUGGAGAGUAAACCACCGUUGUAUAAUAAUGCCUUCAGAGAACAUUCAGACAGGCAUACAGUGGCGCGCUGCUGGACUGAAGUUUGCCGAGAUGUGAUUCCGGAAUGGAAAAGUUUGAGUGCCGAGGAAAAGGAGGUAAAAGAAAAAGAAAUACAACAGAAAUGGCGAAAUCUUCGUACAUCCUUUAGGAGAGAGAUAAGAACUCAAAAUAAAAUCAAAUGCAGUAAAACCGGUCACAAACGCCGAAAGUAUAUACAUUUUGACGAAAUGUUAUUCUUAUUGCCCUAUUAUACCUCGAACAACGAAGAAUUUAACGAGACGAAUGUUGCUGAAGACGAAACGCAAGACGAAUCCAACUUCGAAGACUCGACUGUAAAAUUUAUAAAAAUCGUGGAGAGCAAACCCGCAUUGUAUAAUAAAAACCUGAAGGAAUAUUCAGACCGGCAUACAGUGGCACGCCUCUGGUUUGAAGUUUGCGCUGAGCUGGUACCGGAAUGGGAGAGUUUGAGUGCUGCCGAAAAAGCAUUGAAGGCAAAAGAAACGCUAUUCAAGUGGCGCAAUCUGCGUACAUCUUUCAAGCGUGAGUUAAAAGUCCAAACGAAAGCCAAAUAUGGUCAAGUGUCAUAUAAACGCCGAAAGUAUAUGUUUUUUGAUCAAUUAUUAUUUUUAUUGCCCUUCGUUGAGGAUAAGGAGGCGACGAAUAGCGAGUCGAAUGCUUGUGAAAUGGAUAUAGUACAAGAAGCUGACCAGGACGACAGCGAGAAUGAAGCUCCAACAACGAAUAAGAGAAAAGCUCCAACAACCAGCAAGAAUGAAGAGGAUAUAGUGCAAGAAGACGAGCAGGAAGACUUCGAAUAUGAAGCUCAAAGACUCAGCGAGAUUGAAGCUCCAAUAGCGAGUAAGAAAAAAGCUCCACCAAUCAGCAAGAAUGAAACAAAACGCAGCGUAAAGGAAGCAUCAUUUGAAGAGCAUAUAGUACAAGAAGACGAGCAGGAAAGCUUUGGAUAUGAAGCUCCAACAACCAGUAUCAACAAAAUUAAGCAAAGCGCAAAUUCAGCGUCAUUUGAAGAGAUUCUCCUGGAUUUUCCGAAAGAAAUUGAUGAGGACAAAUCAUUUUUGAUUUCAUUGGUUCCCUCCUUCAAAAGAAUGACUCAAAGCCAAAAGAUAGAUGCGAAAAUUGGGAUUUUGUCAGUGAUAAAGCAAGUGACUCAGAAGACUUCUAAGUUAAGCUAUAAUUACAAACAUGAAAACUUUUCAAAUAAUUCUACUUUAACGAGGUAUGACAUUGCAGACGAUGACGCAUCUCUACAAUCUAGCUCUAAUGAUUUCUAAUAAUC